AAGAAGAAGAAGAAGAAGAGGAGGGAGGCUAGCUGGUCUAGACAUGUCAGUGAACUGACAGUAAUGCUAGUUUGGCCGCAGUAGUUAGAGAGUUAUCAAAAAGUGCCUGGAAGCUUUAAGGAGGCAUUUUAGAGCACGAAACCUCGCCAGGUGGCCCGUCUAAAGGGUUGACAAACUGGUAAAAACGGGUCCCGGACCUUUUAAUAACUGACUAAACGCUGGUUAGCUAGCAUUAGCUGGCUAGCUGGGGAGAAAAGUAACUCGUCUCAUACAGUCAUGUCUGCGGCCGGAGACUUCGGAAACCCUCUAAGAAAAUUUAAAUUGGUCUUUCUCGGGGAGCAGAGUGUGGGAAAGACUUCGCUGAUCACGAGGUUCAUGUACGACAGCUUCGACAACACUUACCAAGCCACAAUAGGAAUAGAUUUCCUGUCGAAAACGAUGUACCUUGAAGACCGAACAAUCAGGUUGCAGUUGUGGGACACGGCGGGGCAAGAGCGGUUUCGUAGCCUCAUCCCGAGUUACAUCAGAGACUCAGCAGCUGCUGUCGUAGUGUACGACAUCACAAACGUCAACUCCUUCCAGCAAACCACAAAAUGGAUUGAUGAUGUGAGAACAGAGAGAGGAAGUGAUGUCAUUAUCAUGUUGGUGGGAAACAAGACAGACCUUGCAGACAAAAGGCAAGUAUCUAUUGAAGAGGGUGAGCGGAAAGCCAAAGAACUAAAUGUAAUGUUUAUUGAGACUAGUGCGAAAGCGGGCUACAACGUAAAGCAGCUUUUCCGUCGUGUGGCAGCCGCCCUCCCUGGCAUGGACACCACGCAGGACAAGAGUAGAGAGGACAUGAUUGACAUUAAGCUGGAGAAGCCACCAGAGCUACCUGUCAGUGACGGAGGCUGUUCAUGCUAAUCCCGGCUUCUGUCCUUGCUAAAUAUUUCUCUCUUACUGGCUUUUUCUCAAAACCCAGUUGGUUUUUUUCUGUAUCUAUACCCUUCACUGCUCCCGCCUCUGCUCCCCAGCAGCCUGACAGAGAACACUACAGCCAUUGUCCUUGCCAUUGUGGAAAGCUGCUCUCUCAUCAGGACGUCAUAAAUCACUUCAAUUGAAUAUUUGCACUGUAACACACAUACGUUGAGACAGUAUUCCCGGAUGUUGUCUGUCAUUUCCAACAGACAAAGAUACUGGCAGGAAGAGGAAUGACUCACCCUGAUGUAGAUUGACUUUUUGAACCAAACUGAAAGCAAGAGAGUGCAUUUAAGAUGUCAAAUCAAAGUAUGUGUUUGAGUGAGAAUAUUCUAUAAAAAGAUAAAUAUUGCUUUAAGCUUAAUAAGCACAAUGUGGAUGUUGGGUGCAUUUGUCAAUUACCAUUUGUACUGCUGCAAUUGAUUGGCAAGGAUUAAUUCAUGAGUUAUGCUAUUUUUUUCUUUUUUGUUUUCUACCCAUCUGGAAUAAUUUGUGGAAAACGGUUGCUGAAGUAGAUCAGUUGCUGAAGCCACAGUAAAUAGUGUGUCCUCUGAUUGUGCAGAGUCACAUUUCUACCAACAUUUACAAGAAAGAUAUGAUAGAAAUAAUACACACCGCUGCAUGGUGCACAAACAUUUUACUUCACUACAUCAUUCUCAUUACCGUCCUUCCUCUCUCCCCACAUCUGUCCCGUCAGAUGGGUUAUUUUUACCUUUGCUUCCAUUUUCUAUUCCCUUUUUAUUUGAAUAGAUCUUUAAUUUUUUUUUUUCUAAAGACUACAGCUAUCAUAGAUUUAAAACUAUUUCUUUGAAGAUAGAGUUUGAGAUUUAUUUUCUCAUAUAUUAAGAGUCAUAAUCAUAAAAACCCUCUGUAAACAGUAGAUAUGCAGAUACAUGCCUUUUGGAGUUUAAUUGUAGAGGGCUUCCUUGACUUUGGGAUUAUCUAGUUAUGUUUGGUAUGUUUUAUGGACACUUAUUUUGCUUGUUUUUAUUUUUUGGCGUUGAUCUUUUGUUAGUGAUUAUUCUACAUGUGUAUUUAAUCCACAAUGACUUGUAAUAUUUAUUUCUAUUGGAUUCAUGUUUCUUUUUUUAUGGCUGUUAAUAUCUUCACUUUUGGUAUGAGUCCUGAGUCGCUAAUAAUAUAUGCAUCCAUCUGGACCACUUCUAACAGAAUCAGUAGAGCCUCUACUGCCCCCUCUACCACCUCUAAAUGGCAAUUUGAUCAUACUGAUAAUACAGUGCAAUGUUUGUGUAAACUAACGGAGGAGAGUCUGAUUUGUAUAGCAAAGUAGUCCUUAACGUUUCUGUCUGGAAUGGUUUUAAAUGAAAGAAUAAAAAUACACUUGUCACUGCU